UUAAUGCUUAGCUACCAGGCAGUGUUACCUGAGCAGAAAGCCAGAAACUGAUCUCCGUUGCCCUACAAGAGGUCUCACUUUCAAAUGAAAGGCACAGAACUCACUCAUUCUCUUAAUGCAGAGAAACAGAGAAGAUAUGCUGAAGCCCCAGAGAAGACCUGCCAGACAUACAGCAAACAGAUGUGAAAAAGAAGAAUUUGUGUGCCAAGGAUGGGAAACGUCCAUGUCACAUGAUAAAGAUGAAGACUUCAUUCUCUGUUCACCUACAUGGAAAUGCAGAUACCUAAAUGGCAACAGCCUUGUUAUAUCACCAACUUUAUAUCGCAGGACUUCAGAAGCCAAGUUUGAAGAAGAUCGUAAUUCACCAUCCUUCCCUACUGUACUUGAUAUCCCUCGGUUUACAAAAACCACUCAACAUGUAGAAGAUAAGUUUAAAACAAAAUCAUUUGGACCAUCUAAAAUAAAAUAUCUUACAGUAAAUAAAGAAGUUGUUAAUGCUUUUGAGAGUGGCAGUAAGGUAAAACGACUUAUAUGCAUCACAGACAACAAACCAUCAAGCAGGUCCAAGCUGGAUAGAUCACCUAAUGCUUCUGAAGAAAAGGUCAACAUCUCUAUAGGUCAAUGCGAAAGACAAGAAAAUGUCACCAAAACCCAAGCUUCCGUUCUGUGUGUUAUCCACAGCAAUAAAAAUAUCAACAGUGAAGAUGUGGGCUUAAGAGAUGACAAUGACAUCAUUGAAAACUACAAGAACGCUCUAGCUAUACUUCGAGGCCAAACAGCACAAAAGUCCUGUCUAAAUCCAUCUGAAAGUUUGGAAAAAUCUUCUUUCCAUGGACAUAUCCAGACAUGUAUCUCACAGCUUUCAAAUCAAAGUCCAGUACGACCUACUAAGCUCAUCUCAUGUGAUGACAAUAGCUCAUUUUUGAAAAGUGCUGGUGGGAAACUAAAAGGGUUAGAAAGACAGCGGUUUCAGACAGGUCAUCCUCAAGGUUCAUCUCCAACCAAUCCUGUAAUUACUAUGAGUAAAGUCAACAAGACACAUGGUGUAAAAUUUGUGUGGAGUCAGAACACUCAAGAAAUCUCAAAGGUGGGGACAUACGAUGACAAAACUCCACUUAUCAGGAUAUUUCCUCUUUCGUCAGGGAAGGAAAAUGCUGUAGAGACACAGGAUGUUUGGGGAUUUCCUGCUUUUCACCCAUACACAGCGAAAACACAGCAUGGCAGCUCCAGUUGUUCAAGGAACCAAUCUAGGAGUGGUAAGAGAAAUCAAUCAGCACCGAGGCAUGUUACUUCCUCACAGAGCCAGCUGAGACACAUAUCGGACGCAAGUAAGGACUCGGUGCCUUCCGGAAGCCAGGUCACAUUGGGACUAAUGUUGAAUGCCAUUAAAAACGGGAUCAAGCAGGAUCAAGUCAGAGUCAUGCUUGGGCAAACAAACAGAUUCACGGAAGCAUAAGCCAAUGAAGACAUGAAAAAUACAAUUUCUUUUUGAUCCACGCCAGACAAAUUUCCAAAUAAAUAAAUUUUUAAUUAUGAUACAUUAA